AUGCUAUCAUUUUUGGAUAUCUUUGGGAUACCUAUUUAGAUGAGGCUCUCGAAAAAUUAAAAGCAUAAAACAGCUUUUGGAAGCUUAAUUACUGUAAUUAUAGUUAGUGUCGUGAGCGUUUACUCAUUUUACAUUCUUAAUUAGUGCUUUUAAUAUUCAAACCCAAAUAUUGUAAGUUAAGAUUAUAUAGUUUAGCAACCUGAUGAAGUAGUCUUUGAUUAAUAGCAAUAUACUAUAGCAAUGGGAAUUUAGGAUUAGAACUUAGUUCACUUUUUAGAUGAGUCUAUUUAUUAUUUAGAAGUUUAAAUUUUGGAAACUACCAAAAUUUAUAACAAAACAACCAAUUUAUAUGAUCAAAUAACAGUAGCUGAAUCAAUAAAAAUGGAACCUUGUACAUUAGACCACUUCCAAGUAAAUCAAACUAUAGAUUACUUCAGCUCACUAAAGUUUAAUAAUAUCUAUUGCUUCCCAUUAAAUUAAAAAAUAAAUUUAGCAGGUCAGUUUGGGGCUAUGCAAUAUAAAAGGCUUUAUAUUUAAGUUAAAAGUUGUGAAAUUAAUUGCCAAAACUAAACUGUAAUUCAAUAAAAAUUAAGUGAUGUAGCCUUUUAGCUAUAUUAUGUCAAUUAUAUUAUAUCCCCUAAUGAUUUAAAUAACCCAUUUAAGCCAAUAGGAUAAAAUACAUUCUGGUAAUCUGGUUAUUCUUUGUUCAAAAACAUUAAUGUUUAUUUUAGGAAAAAUACAAUAAGGACAGAUUAUGGUCUGAUUAGCUAAGAGUUCUAGGAUGAUUAUCGCAUGAUUUACAGUAAUGAUAGAGAAACUUUAAUAACAAAAACAGAUAACAAGCUGUAUGAAAUAUAUAUAGGUCUAGAGAAAAAUAAGUAAUCAGAAUACAUAAGAACUUACCUAAAAUUAUUUAGUGCUAUUUCUUAAAUCGGUGGUGUCUAUAAUGUAUUUUUCCUUCUAGGUGCAUUAAUUUGUUUUCCAAUUUAAAGAAUAUCACUAUAUUACAAGCUGCUGAAUAGCUUAUUCGAUUUUAAAGAAAAUAGAGAAGAAAUAAGAUUCUAAUUUUUAUCAAAUAGAGACAGCAUUUCAGGUGAGAGCAAAGCUUUACACUAGAAACUUAUUUCUCCAAGCUCUUAAAACACAAAAUCAAUUAAUUUAGAAAAAGAAAUUUUCGAAAAAGAUUAUGCUAUAUAAAAUUCGAUAUAAACUUCCACUAAUAAAAAAUCAAAAAUAAACAUUCCAUAUGUAAGUAAAAAUGGAAUAAAACAUAAAAUGUAACUUGAAAGUGCUGAAAUCACUAUUUAACAACCUCCCCACUCUUAUCUAUUAAAUACUUUAAGUGUUGAAGAUUUUUAGGAAAAAAAUUUAAGAUAAAAAUAACAUUAGCAAUAAUUAUAAUAAUCGAUAAAAGAAAAUUAAUAAAGACUAAAUGAUUCUUUAUCUAUCAAAUAUUAUAUAGAACGAAUUUUUGAUUAUUUAUUUUAAUCAUCUCCAAAAAUUUCAUUUAAUAUUUUUAAAAUGGUGAAGUCUUAAAUUCAAAAAUCUAUGAAUUUAGAAAAACCUUACUCUAAAAUGAUAAACUCAAGUAUAGACAGACUACAAGAAUAGCUUGAUUUAAGCUAUAUCUUAAAAAAAAUUUAAGAUAUAGAAAAGCUAAAAUAUUUAUUACUGAAUCAAAAUCAAAUUAAGCUUUUUGAUAGCAUUUCUAAACAGGCUUUCUAUCUCUCAGACUUUAAUAAUAAAAGCAAUAAUGAACCAGGUUAAAAUAAUAAUAACGACAAGGGAAUUACAAGAUGUGAGUCUUUAAACUAAUAAGAAUAAAAUUAAUUUAACCAGUAAUUUUUCUUACAAGAUAAGCCAAAGAAUGAAAACUAAAUUGGAAGAUAGGCUUAAGAUGCUUUUAAAUAAAUUUAUCAAAAUGGCUAAUCUAUUUCUAUAAUUGAUAAAAAGCUUUUAUAAUUGUUAACCUCUGGAAUAACUAACUUUGAUAAAGAGGGAGACAUAAAUCAAUCUAUUAAAAACAAUUAUAACACCCAUUAAACUUUUUUAUUAGAUCCUUAAAUUAUUGAUACUAAUUUAGAAAUAUAAAGAUAAAAUAAUAAUUUAAAUAAUGAGGUUAAAUUUAGUCAAGUUAUGUUUUUAAAAUAAUAAACAUCAUCUGAAAAAGAUGUUUAAAUUAUUUAGCUGAGUAGUCCUCCCUAAAGCUAUAAAAUUCAUUGA